ACCGCGUUCCACCCCCGCCCCGAGGUUCCGGGUUCGAUCCCCGGCUCCGCCCGCCCGAGUCCCCGCCGGACCCCAGGGGUCCCCUCGCCCRCCCUCUUCGGGACAGCAGCUCUGCGUGGGGGUCCUGCGGGGUUCCCUUGCGGAGACGGUGUCCGCACCCGCCGGGUGGGUGUCAGAAGCGGUGCGGACUCUCCCGGUGCCGCCCCGCCCCACCCUGCCCCGGCGCGCUCCCGCCGCUCCGCCCCGCGGGGACGCGCAGACCCGCCCGGCGCGGCCGGACUAUCCGCGAGGUCUCUCCAUGAGCUUCCCCUCCGGUGCCUGAGCCCGGCAGCCCUCGGCAGGUUAUGCUGCCCCGACAGCGUCCCCUGAGCCCUCGUGAGAAAGAAAAGGGAUAAGCCAGCUGUGUUGAGGGCUGUGCUGGCACCAUGACCCACUCCCAGGUGUCUUCCGAGCUUCACCACAUCAUCUCCUCAGCCUUCCAGAGCCCCGAGCAGGAGGCGCUGGGCGCCGGCUCACCUGCCUUUGUGGAGGAGGAGGAGGAGAAGGACCUGAACAAGGCGCUGGGCGUGGAGCGCUUCGAGGAGAUCCUGAACGACGCUCAUCCCCGCAGCGCGGAGGAGGCCGGGCGCAGCUAYGGCGAGGAGGACUUUGAGUACCACCGCCAGUCGUCCCACCACAUCCACCAUCCCCUCUCCACGCACCUGCCCCUCGAUGCCCGCCGCAAGAAAGGGGUCCCGAAAAAGGGCAAAAAGAAGGCCCGGCGUGCCUCUGUCCCUGGAGAGACUCCCACCAUUGAGGAGGCCGAAGAGGAUGAGGAUGACGUGUGCGACACAGAGACAGAGCGGUCGGCGGAGGAGCUGCGGCAGCCCGGGCCAGCCGAGGCAGUGCAGUUCUUCUUGCAAGAGGAUGAGGUGACCGACCGCCGGGCAGAGGAGCCAGAGGCCACCGCGGUACUGCCUGGCUCCCCCCCGGAGGCCAAGGGGGGCAUGACCCCAAAGGAAUCCCAGGCCRGCAGCCCUGAUGCAGAGCAGGGAGCUCUGGGGGAGGGGGCAGCCACCGAGGCUGGGUCCCCAGGUCGUCCUGCACCCAAGUCACAGCUGGGGCACCGGAGCUACAACCUGCACGAACGGCGGUGCAUUGGCAGCAUGACGGCUGCUGAGCAGGACCGGUACCAGAAAAUGCCGACAGAUGAGUCAGAGGCACAGACACUGGCCUCAGCUGACCUGGACUACAUGAAGAGUCACCGCUUUGAGGAUGUGCCAGGGGUGCGCCGGCACCUGGUGCGGAAGAGCGCCAAGGCACAGAUGGUCCAUGUCAGCAAGGACCACAAGGAGCCCAGCACACGGCAGCGCAAGCAGGACCGUCAGCCCCAUGAGGUGUUUGUGGAGCUGAACGAGCUGGUGCUGGACAAGAACCAGGAGCUGCAGUGGAAGGAGACAGCACGCUGGAUCAAGUUUGAGGAGGAUGUGGAGGAGGAGACGGAUCGCUGGGGCAAGCCACAUGUGGCCUCCCUCUCCUUCCGCAGCCUCCUGGAGCUCCGCAAGACCCUGGCCCACGGGGCCGUGCUCCUGGACCUGGACCAAAAGACGCUGCCGGGGGUGGCUCACCAGGUGGUGGAGCAGAUGGUCAUCACGGACCAGAUCCGGGCUGAGGACCGUGCCAAUGUGCUGCGGGCRCUGCUGCUCAAGCACAGCCACCCGAGCGACGAGAAGGAGUUCUCCUUCCCGCGGAACAUUUCGGCAGGCAGCUUGGGCUCCCUGCUCAUGCACCACCACAGCACCAACCACGUGGCUGAGGGCAGCGAGCCAGCUGUCACUGAGCCCCUCAUCGCUGGCCACACCACCGAGCACGACACGCGCGUCGAUGUGGAGCGGGAGAAGGAAGUCCUCACCCCCACGCCCCCAGCUGGCAUCACUCGCUCCAAGUCAAAGCACGAGUUGAAGCUGCUGGAGAAAAUCCCAGACAAUGCUGAGGCCACGGUGGUGCUCGUGGGCUGUGUGGAGUUCCUGGACCAGCCCACCAUGGCCUUUGUGCGGCUGCAGGAGGCCGUGGAGCUGGACGCGGUGCUGGAGGUGCCCGUGCCUGUGCGGUUCCUCUUCGUGCUGCUGGGCCCCAGCAGCACCCACAUGGACUAUCAUGAGAUUGGGCGCUCCAUCUCCACCCUCAUGUCUGACAAGCAAUUCCACGAGGCCGCGUACCUGGCUGACGACCGGCAUGACCUGCUGAACGCCAUCAACGAGUUCCUGGACUGCAGCGUGGUGCUACCGCCAUCCGAGGUGCAGGGCGAGGAGCUGCUGCGCAGCGUCGCUCAUUUCCAGCGCGAGAUGCUGAAGAAGAGGAUGGAGCAGGAGCGGAGGCUGCUGCUGGAGCCCAAGUCCCCUGAGGAGAAAGCGCUGCUGAAGCUCAAAGUGGUGGAGGAUGAGGCUGAGGACGAUGACCCCCUGAGGCGCACGGGCCGCCCCUUUGGGGGGCUGAUCCGGGACAUGCGGCGGCGGUACCCCCAGUACCUGAGUGACUUCCGCGAUGCGCUGGACCCCCAAUGCAUCGCUGCCGUCAUCUUUAUCUACUUCGCUGCCUUGUCACCUGCCAUCACCUUUGGGGGGCUGCUGGGGGAGAAGACGCAGGACCUGAUUGGGGUGUCGGAGCUGAUCAUCUCAACGUCGCUGCAGGGCGUCCUCUUCUGCCUGCUGGGUGCUCAGCCCCUACUCGUCAUUGGCUUCUCGGGGCCACUACUCGUCUUUGAGGAAGCCUUCUUCACGUUCUGCACAUCCAACGACCUGGAGUACCUGGUGGGACGUGUCUGGAUCGGCUUCUGGCUCAUCCUCAUCGUGCUGGUCAUGGUGGCCUUUGAGGGCAGCUUCCUGGUGCGUUUUGUCUCCCGCUUCACCCAGGAGAUCUUUGCCUUUCUCAUCUCUCUCAUCUUCAUCUAUGAGACCUUCUCCAAGCUGGCUAAGAUCUUCCAAGAGCACCCGCUACAUGGCUGCUUGAGCGCCAACAGCUCGGCUGAGGCCUGGGACAACGGCAGCACGGUCGCAGUCAACGCCACAGCCCUGGCCACCCGUGGUGCCACCAAGGUCACGGGGCAGCCCAACACAGCGCUGCUCUCACUUGUGCUCAUGGCCGGCACUUUCUUCAUCGCCUUCUUCCUGCGCAAGUUCAAGAACAGCCGCUUCUUCCCCGGACGGAUCCGGAGGCUCAUCGGGGACUUUGGGGUGCCUAUCGCCAUUCUGGUGAUGGUGCUGGUGGACUACAGCAUCCAGGACACCUACACACAGAAGCUGAGUGUGCCCAGUGGGUUCUCAGUGACAGCUCCAGACAAGCGGGGUUGGGUGAUCAACCCUUUGGGUGAACAGAGUGACUUCCCUGUGUGGAUGAUGGUGGCCAGCGGCCUUCCCGCCGUCCUUGUCUUCAUCCUCAUCUUCAUGGAGACCCAGAUCACCACGCUGAUCAUCAGCAAGAAGGAGCGGAUGCUUCAGAAGGGCUCUGGGUUCCACCUCGACCUACUGCUCAUCGUAGCCAUGGGUGGUUUCUUCGCGCUCUUUGGGUUACCCUGGCUUGCUGCAGCCACUGUUCGCUCAGUCACCCAUGCCAAUGCCCUCACUGUCAUGAGCAAGGCUGUGGCACCUGGGGACAAGCCCAAGAUCCAGGAGGUGAAGGAGCAGCGGGUCACCGGGCUGCUGGUGGCUGUGCUUGUUGGGCUAUCCAUCGUCAUYGGGGACCUGCUGCGGCAGAUCCCACUUGCCGUGCUCUUUGGCAUCUUCCUCUACAUGGGUGUCACCUCCCUCAAUGGCAUCCAGUUCUACGAACGCCUGCAGCUGCUGCUGAUGCCCGCCAAGCACCAUCCUGAUGUCACCUAUGUCAAAAAGGUGCGCACGCUGCGCAUGCACCUGUUCACCGGGCUGCAGCUGGCCUGCCUGGCCGUGCUCUGGGCCGUCAUGUCCACUGUGGCCUCCCUCGCCUUCCCCUUCAUCCUCAUCCUCACGGUGCCGCUCCGCAUGUGCCUGCUCAGCCGCAUCUUCACCGACCGCGAGAUGAAGUGUCUGGACGCGGCCGAGGCCGAGCCCAUCCUGGACGAGCGGGAAGGUGUGGACGAGUACAACGAGAUGCCGAUGCCGGUGUGAAGGCACCAGCGGCUCACGGCUCGCUGUGGGCGUCGGGCACGGCCGGACCCUCRCACCGUGGGGCCGGGAGCAGUGGCUGUGCGGCCGUGCCCCGCGGGGAUGGGCCCCCUGCACUCCCCAGGCCCUCGGAGGGCACCUGUCCAACAGAUACCGGACCAGGCCCGCGGUACAGCCCCCCAGACACCUUCUGCCCACGCCCUGAACAGAGCCUUCCUGGCCCACUCAGCAGCGCUGCCGCUGCCCCCGCAGCCCCUGGGCUCCUGCCCGACACUCGGGCGUCACCUGAGCCCCUCCCCGGGCUUUAUGGAACAUGAAUUCAAAGGCAAUAAAUAGCUUUAGCCCCAAGGGGCUCGGGGCAGAGGUGCUGGGGGACAGCCCUGCCAAGGGGAGCCUGCUCUGGCCUGUCCCUGGGGUGCUGCCAAGGUGAGGGCCAGGGCCCCCGCUGCCUUCAACUAAUAAAGAGACCGGACUUUGCACACUUUUCACCAGUUUUAUUGG